GUGAAAACAAACCCACCCGCUCCGCGCUGCUACGUGAUCCUAAGUUUCUAGAAUUUAACCCCUAAAAGCGAACCCCCUAAUAGUAGUGGUCCCUCGGGCGCUAAAAUAUCUCAACUUGGAAAAGCUCAGCUAAAGUUCACUGCUCAGAACAGAAGCUUGAGAAAACAAAAGAACACUCUCUUAAGUCUUGUGGCGUUGCGUUGCGUUUGCGUUGGUGCGGAGCUGGGUUUGAUUUGAAGCUUUGCUGGCCCUUUAAUUGUGAACAGAGUCUCUGUAAGCUGACAGGAUGGCGUCCACAGCCUGUGCUAUGAGGUUGGGGGCAUUGAGCGCACCCUCGAUUAACCUGCACCCCAGGCAAUAUGCGCCUCAUCAGAGCAUUGCUGUCCUUAACUUGAAUAGGAACACGCCCAGUGGCCUAAGAAGCAUUCGGUCAAAAGGUCGAAUCACAUGCUCUGUGGCAACCCCUUCUCCCCCAACUCUUCCCCCGGCUAUCAGCCUCUCAGAAAAGGCCCUCGCACACAUCAAGCGGAUGCGCAACGAGUCGGGAAAAGAUCUGACGCUGAGAGUGGGGGUCCGGCAGGGCGGCUGCUCAGGCAUGUCGUAUGUGAUGGAGUUUGAGGAGCGGGCAAACAUCCGGGAAGAGGACUCGUUGAUUGACCAAGAGGAUUUCACAAUGGUGUGUGAUCCAAAGAGCCUGCUUUACCUGUUCGGCAUGCAACUAGACUAUAGCGACGCACUGAUUGGGGGAGGGUUCAGCUUCCAGAACCCCAACGCCUCAUCCACCUGUGGAUGCGGCAAGUCGUUUGCAGCUUGAGCAUGCGGCUACAGCUUGGUUUGCUUUUCCUUGGAGCACCAAAUCUGUAUAUGGGCAAUCAAAUGCCAAUAAGCACCUGUACAGUCCGAGUUUCUUUGCAGCAUUGUCAGCGGUCUCUAGCACUUGCACUGACCAGCCUUAUAGUUUUGGCCAUGCCAACGUGUUUCAGAAGUAGGUCAAGGAUAUACCUUGAGCAACCUGGUGUAUCAAAGAUCCAGCUUGGUCUUUCAACAAUUUUGGCGUCUCCAAUUGAGUGCCCAGUGCUUCAAGUCACAAAACAAUUAUUCACCUCAACAAUCCCCUGCAUGCUGCAUGAAGUCGCAUCACAUGCAAAAGAUCGGCGGCACAUGCACUUACGCGAGGAUUUUGAUAAAGCG